AUGGACUGUGAGCAGACCUGCGUGGAUGCUCGCUGGGCAGAAUGGACCCCUUGGACCAAGUGCUCCGCCAGCUGCGGCUAUGGCUUCAGGGCUCGCCACAGAAGUCAUGCCGUGCAGGCUUCCUCCUGUGGUCGAGCGGCCACAGGUCAUGCUGCAGACUGGGACAUUUGCCAAGGAACCAACAUGGGCUCUCCCGCCUGUGGUGACCGCGAUGGACGGCUCUCAGAAUGGAACACAUGGUCCGACUGCAGCUGCACCUGCUUUGGUAUCAGAGAGAGGCAGAGGAUCAUUGAACAAUAUCAUACUGGCCAAGGACGGCCAGUGGGCCACAUGCCCUUGAAGCAGGUCGAGCCGUGCCAUCCUAGAUACAAUGAACAGCCGCCAAGUGAGUGUAUCCACCAUCAUGCCGAUUGCAAGCUGAGCCAAUGGAAUGAAUGGUCACAAUGCCCUGUCACCUGCGGCGGAGGGAACACGGUCAGGUUGCGCUACAUCUUCACACCUGCGUCCAACAGUGGUCGACCGUGUCUCGGAGCUUUGCGAGAAACGAAGCCUUGUGGUGAAGCUCCCUGCGGGGAAGGAUGUGUCGACUGCCUCUGGGGUGCUUGGGCUGAAUGGGGCGCUUGCUCCAAGUGUGGAGACCAGCGUUUUCGGCAACGCGACAUCCUCAAGUUGCCGAACCACUGUGGCAAGAUGUGCGAGCCACGCAUUGCCAAGGAGGUCCAGAACUGCACCAGUGAUUGCGAGAAGUUCAGCUUCUGCGUUUGGAAGCCUUGGACCUCUUGGACUGGGUGCAGUGCAGACUGUGGUCCUGCCACACGGUUGCGAGAGCGAUCCCUAGGCUUGGUCGCUAAUCAGCCCAUGGAUUUCCUCUUCAAGGUGGCUUCCGACACCAACGCCGGCUUGUGCGCUGGUACGCAAACGGACACCGAAGCCUGUGCCACCGUGCCUUGCCAGAACCAGUGUGUCCCAAAGAACUGCCAGUUUUCAGCUUGGAGCCCAUGGCACCAGCCGACCUGCAUUGGGCUUUGCACGAGGUCACGCAGUAUCUCAGUGAUGAAUAACGAGUGUGGAAGGCCGUGUAAUGGAGCGCUGGUGUCAACCAAGAGGUGCUUGGAAGAGUGCACUGAAGUCAGAGACUGCGAGUAUCGUGCUUGGACCCAUUGGACACAGUUGGAUCGCAUGGAUGAUUCAGGACAGAGGUAUCGCUCCCGAGAGGUGGCACAGUUGCCCAAGAACGGUGGGCAGUUGUGUCGUGGCGACCUCCGCGAAGUGGAUGGCGUGGCGAGCCCGGCCUGGGAGCCGAGUGCGGAUGGCAGCAGCGUCAACGCGGCAUCCAAGAUCAAGCUCGGAAUGGUGGACGGCCAUGUAGGGCACCCAGAUGCAUCAGGGGCAGACAAUUGGAACACUUUGGUGUGGCUUUUCAGCUCCACCUAUUGA